AUGUUUAGACAAGUUAAAAGGAAGACAGCUGGUAGAAAGAAUUUUGAGGACAAACCGUCUAUCAACAGUUCAUCAGAAACUAGUGAAUUUUCAAUACCUAAAUUAUUUACAUCAAGAUUAUCGUUUUAUGAUUUACCACCAAAUCAAGAAAUUACAUUAGAAGAAUUUGAACAAUGGGCAAUAGAUAGAUUGAAAAUACUAAUAGAAAUUGAAUCUUGUGUUGCUAGAUCCAAAACUCCAAAAGAUGUUGAAUUAAGUAUAAAACCAUUAUUAUUAAAAUAUUUACCAUUAAGUCCUGCAGUAAAUUUAGAUGAAAAAUCUGUAAUCAAAGAAAGAAUGAAAGAUUAUUAUAGUCAUUUUAUUUUGAGAUUGGUGUUUUGUAGAUCAGAAGAAUUAAGAAGUAAGUUUAUCAAAAACGAAACUAUAUUAUUCAGAGUUAGAUAUAAUCUAUUACAACCAAAAGAACAACAAGAAUUUGUUGAAUUGAACUCCUACAAAUUAUCAUGGAAAUAUAUAUCACCAAAAGAGAAAAAUGAAUUGAUCGAUAAAUUUUUUGCAGCAAGUGGGAAUAUUUUAAAACAACAAUACAUAGCAGAUUCUGGUGAUACUUUAACAUUAAAUAAUGAACAAACGAAACAAAUGAUGAUUCAAAAAGAAAAUUUUAUAAAAUUACCAUUUGAAAAAAUAACUCAAUUAGUUUCCUCAAGGUCAAUAUAUUUACAAGAUGGGUUUGGUUAUCUACCUACCAGUUUACAAUUGAAAUUAUUAGCAACUGAAUUCCAAAAUAAUUUGAAUCAAAUAUUAAUUAAAACUUUUCAAGCUAUUCCAAGAUUAGAAGAAGAUGACAGAUUAUUGCCAUUACUCAACAAUUUAUCACGUAAUUUUUCAAGUUGUCAAUACGAAGUUGAUUUAGAUAACGAAUUAACUUCAGAUAUAAAUGCAUUAUCAGUAACUUCAAAACAAAUCAUGUCUCAUUAUCCAUUAUGUGCAAGCCAUUUGCAAAAAAAUUUAAUGACUUCUUCACAUUUGAAAUAUUUAGGUAGACAACAAUUAGGUAUAUUUUUAAAAGGUAUUGGAUUAAAUGUUGAUGAAGCUAUAAAAUUUUGGUCACAACAAUUUACCAAAAAUGGUAAUAUGUCACAAGAAACUUUUAAUAAACAAUAUAAAUAUAAUGUAAGACAUCAAUAUGGUUUAGAAGGUGCAAGAAUUAAUUAUAAACCGUGGGAUUGUGCAACAAUAUUAAGUAAACCAAAACCAAGUUCAAAAGAGUAUCAUGGUUGUCCAUAUCGUGAUUUUUCACAAACUCAGUUAACUCAAAGUCUUGAAGAAAUGGGUAUAAAAAAUCAACAAGAUUUAAAUUCAAUAAUGGAUAAUGUAGGUAAUCAAGAUUAUACUAUUGCUUGUACAAGAGUGUUUGAGUUAACUCAUCAAAAGGAAAUUAUGAGUGCUCAUAAAGGAACAGGUCCAAUAAUUCAACAAGAACAUAUAAGUCAUCCAAAUUUAUAUUUUGAUAGAAGCAGACAAUUAGAAAGAUCCGCUAGUGCAAGUGCAGAUAGUAAUAAAAGUUAA